GAGUCGUUGAAAGGAAGAAAGUUUGUCUUAAAUUGGCUCGAAAAGCUCUUCAAUAUCCGAAGCAUUGAAGCUCUAAAAUUUGGCCAACUUUUGGUAACUGAACUUUGUUUCUUGUAAAUAUUCUUGCUUACUACUUAAUGUAACCUACCUACCUAGUCGACACAAGCUUCCAUGUCGCAUUAUUUAAAUUUUGGAUUGAAAUCUAAUUCUUGAUAAGAAACUGAUUUCUUCUUGAUAAAGCAAGUAAGUAAUCUUGGUUAAAAUAAAAUUAUGCAUUUUAACUUUAUUCUGCUCUAAGAGUAGACACCAUCCAGGAAAUCAAUUGGUGACAUCCGGCUUGGCUCUGGUCCGACUCUGAUAACUAUACUGCCAUGUCAUGCAUGUUUCCUUGUACUCUUAACUUGAUGCCUCUAUAUGUACUCCCCAAAGGAAAGCACUCCCGGCGGCAGAACCGCGGCGAAGGAUCGGGCGGUGCAUGGCGGAGGCCGAGGAACGACAGACUCCCUGUUGCUGCCUUUUAGCCCUUUAAAGGAGCUCAGGCCGUGAAUGUGGGUCACACUGGGCGUGGAGGAGUUCAGGCUGGAACAUGACACUGCAGCUGCCGCUGAGAUUCCUGUUGCCAUUGGGAUAUAUGAGACCCCACAAUUCACAUUUCCAUCGUCUUCCCGAUCCGAGCAAGAUGACGAAUGGAACUUGACAAGAGUUGCAAACUUGGCACAAGUAUACUUACUCUCUCGUUGUCGUUUACUCCAUAUACCAUUUGAUUACGAAAUCGACGACGAACUCAGCCGGGUUUUGGUCGAAAGUGGUCCGGUUCACGAGGAAGGUGACUCCGGCUCGCUUCGGUUCGGAUGUGAGCUACACUUUAAUAACCCAACCCGGAGUUCGGCUUUGUCUCGAUCUCAUACGUUGUCGACUCCCCGUCUCCGCUUCGCCCAAACGCCGUUGAGGCGUCGACAGGUUUCCGUCUCUUCCGCGAACGAAGCAAGCGACCGUCAAGAGAGGGUAAUUGUUCGUCCUCCUCCUCUUCCAUCUUCUUCCGCUCCUUUUGCUUCGCGUCCCGUUUGGGUUGCUGCCGAAAGAGGGAGGAUGUAGUUGAUGCCUACUAUGUGUUCGACUUCUGUUCUGUUUGGAAGUACCGUGAGCAAAAGGAGAAACGUUUUGCUGAUCCACGUUUCAUUUUGAGAAUCUUAAUGAUGGUCCGUUUUCUUUUUAUUAUAUUACGGGGCCGUACUUUGGGCCAGUCUCUAAUUCUUGCGAUGAAAUAUAUGAAUGGAUCAACUCAGUAGCUAUCCUUUGAAGAUAGGCAUUAUUUGAAGUAUGUAUAAUAUUCUUCUGUUCUCAUCUUAGUGGUUUGGUUUGAUGAGCAUUAUCCAUCUUCUAGAGUUUAUAAAGUACCAGAUGUUAACAAAAGAUCUGGAAGCAUCGUAAAAAUAGCUACUCAUCCUUUUGAAUAACUUCAUCUUUUCAAUUUCCACAUCGCUUUAAUCUUUGUGUUUGAAGGAUUUGAACGUGAUCCUAAUACUGCAAUUUGACAUGCAUAAGAUGUAUCAAUGUAUUGUUGCUUUGGGCUUUAACUAACACAUUAUUUAAAGCGAACCAUCCAACAUGCAUUCAUCCUGUUUUAUCUGUGACAGAAUGCACGGAAGUAUGUUGUUUGGAACAUGACAAAUGGUUUUUCUUUCGCUGUUUCAGAAUUGUUGCUUAUCAUUUUGUGGUCGGACUAAUUGACCAUGUUAAUUGGACUAAUAGCCCAUAAAACUAACCCUUGGUAGGGUCAUAACUUAGAUUUAGUCCUUGUAGCUUCGUUUUUUUUGCUGUUCAGAUAAGGUGAAGGCUCACUGAAGGGAAACAGAGAUGAGAAACUUGGGUUUCCAAUGGGGAAGGAACCUUGUUCGAAGGUACUACCAGAGAUAUGAUUUUCUCAUCUCCUCUUCUUCAAUCCCGGUUCUCCGCUUGCAUCCUUUGCAACCUUCUAUAUCCAGAGGGUUAUUUCUAUCAGCUCAACAAGCAUACUCCACUGAAUCACAUUCUGAGCUUCCAGUUGACCUCCUGAGGAUUAUGGAACAGAGAAUGAUAGCAAUUGAACAGAGAAGUUCCUACCUUCAAGAGCAAAUUAACCAGGCAACGGUCUCGGCAGUUGAUUAUUCAAGAGCUAAUAAAGAGCUUCGAAAACUUGGAAGCUCGAUGGAAUUAAUAAAGGAGCUAAGGACCAAAGAGAAGGAGAUUGAUGGUCUUAAAUCAGUGAUGUCUGACUGUGUUGAAGACAAAGACAUGUGGAACAUGGCUGAUGAGGAAUUAGCUCAAGCUUUAGUGGAGGAGAGAAGAUUGCAACAUUUACUUCUUAAAUCAUUGCUUCCAAAGGAUGAUGCUGAUGAGAGAGAUUGCAUAUUGGAGGUGAGAGCAGGGACUGGUGGUGAAGAAGCCUCAUUGUUUGCAAUGGACAUAUUCAAAAUGUAUGAAAAAUACUCGCAAAAGAGGGGCUGGAAAUUUGAUGUUAUAGACAUUAUGGAGUCUGAUUUAAAAGGAUAUAAGGAAGCUAGUGGAACAAUAUCUGGACCUGGUGCAUAUGGUAGACUGAAAUUUGAGAGUGGGGUUCACAGAGUUCAGAGAGUUCCAGUGACAGAGAAAUCUGGUCGUGUGCAUACGAGUGCAGUAUCCAUUGCUAUACUUCCUCAGGCUGAUGAGGUCGAUGUCCAGCUUCGAAAUGAAGACUUGAAGAUUGAUACUUAUAGAUCUGGUGGUUCUGGAGGUCAAUCUGUAAACACCACAAACAGUGCCGUCAGGAUUAUGCAUAUUCCAACAGGAAUUACUGUUGCAAUACAAGAUGAAAGAUCACAACACAUGAACAAAGCGAAAGCGCUCAAAGUAUUGCGCGCAAGGCUGUAUGAAAUGGAGAGGUCUAGACUUCAAAGGAGCAGAUCAAAACUUCGGGCAGAGCAGAUUGGAAGUGGUGACAGGUCUGAGCGGAUCCGGACAUAUAAUUUUCCUCAGGGUCGAGUCACCGAUCACCGUGUUGGGAUCACCCAUCACUCGAUAGAGGAUGUCAUGGAGGGAGAGAGCCUAGACAUGUUCGUCGAUGCUCUUCUUUUGCAAGAGGAGAUGGAUGCCAUUGCCUCGUUUGGCACUCAGUGAUUCAGAUAUGGUUUUUUUAGCUGCUUCCAGAAAUCCAAAGAAUGCUUGUAGGUUUCGGCUGCAGUCGAUUCUGUAAAUUUAGGUGGCUGAAGUAAGAAAAAGUACUGUGUUGCAAUCAACAUUAGACCUUAUCUUUUAUUUGUGAAUCUACAAGCAAACUUUUAUAUUUAUUUAUGAAUUUUAAUUUCUUGA